AUGAAGCCUGGUCUUCCAUCCUGCGCAUGUGUCCUGCUGCUCUGCCUGCUUGGGGCUCAAGCCACCACGGAGCCCCUUAACGCUGCCGCCAUGGCGGCGGGCCUGUGCAAAACUCGCCCUACAGACCUUGUGCUCAUAGUGGACAGCUCCCGCAGUGUACGUCCGUCUGAGUUUGAGCAGGUGAAGGUGUUCCUGACUAAAGUGAUUGAAGGCCUGGACGUUGGGCCUAAUGCCACACGCGUGGGAGUGGUAAACUAUGCCAGCCGUGUGAAGAACGAGGUGUCGUUGAAGACGCACCGCACCAAGGCUGCGCUGAUGAAGGCCGUAUCCCGCAUCGAGCCUCUCUCUACCGGCACCAUGACAGGCCUCGCCAUCCAGUUUGCCCUCAACGUGGCCUUCAGUGAAGCGGAGGGAGCCCGCGUGCGCUCUCCUGACAUCAGCAAGGUGGCAAUUAUUGUUACAGACGGGCGUCCCCAGGACAAUGUACGUGAAAUUGCAGUGAAAGCAAGGGAUGCUGGGAUUGAAAUGUUUGCCAUUGGUGUGGGCCGUGUGGACAUGAGCACGUUGAAGCAGAUGGCCAGUGAGCCAGAGGACGACCACGUGGACUAUGUGGAAAGCUACAGCGUCAUCGAGAAGCUCACCAAGAAGUUCCAGGAGGCAUUCUGUGUCUCGGACCUGUGUGCAACUGGAGACCAUGACUGUGAGCAGGUAUGCAUCAGCAAACCCGGCUCAUACAAGUGCGCCUGCAAGGACGGAUUCACCCUCAUGGAGGACGGACGAUCCUGCAGUGCUUGCAGCGCUUCUGCUACCGAUGUGGUGUUCCUGAUUGAUGGCUCCAAGAGCGUGCGGCCUGAGAACUUUGAGCUGGUGAAGAAGUGGAUCAACCUGAUUGUGGAGAAGCUGGAUGUGGCUGAGAACAAGGCCCACGUGGGACUUGUACAGUACUCUAGUUCGGUCAGGCAGGAGUUCCCACUGGGCCGACACAACUCUAAAAAGGACCUGAAGGAUGCCGUGAAGAAGAUGGCCUACAUGGAGAGGGGGACCAUGACUGGCCAGGCCCUGAACUACAUUCUGGACAACAGCUUCACACCCAACCAGGGGGCACGUCCAGGUGUCUCCAAAGUGGCCAUUGUCUUCACUGAUGGGCGUUCCCAGGACUACAUUGGAGAUGCCGCCAAGAAGGCCAAAGAGCUGGGGUACAAGAUGUACGCAGUGGGAGUUGGGAACGCGGUGGAGGAUGAACUGAGAGAGAUCGCAUCUGAGCCCAUUGCUGAGCACUACUUCUACACCGCCGACUUCAAGACCAUGAACCAGAUCGCCAAGAAGUUGCAUGUCAACAUCUGUGAAGAAGAGAACCCCUGUGAAUGUGAAUCCAUUGUCAAGUUCCAGAAAAAAGUAGAAGGUGCUUUGCAAGCACUAAUAAAAAAACUGGAGGGCAUAGCAAAGCGGAUCGCAGCACUGGAGAAAAAAAUCGCCUGA